AGCUCACUCCUCCCCUCUCCUUCCUGCUCUGUACGCUGCCAUUUGCCAACCCUCCCUUGUUUCUUCAUGCACAUAUAAACACCCCCUUCCCCUCGAUUCAAUUUUAUUAGAUUUAAUCCAAAUCAUCUUCUCAUCUCCACCUCCAAAUUAAACAAACCCCUCUUCAGAUUACGCGUUAAUUUUGCUACUAUGAUGGUUUCUUCUUCCAAAUCCAUGCAUGUUUCCUUCAACCUCCUCUGUUUCCUACCUCUCCUUUUGCUCUUAAUUACCAGCAAUCACUGCGCCGCCGCGGGUCGGCCGGAAAAAGCGGGGACGCCGGCGCAGGAGGGAGGGUCUGCGAACCCCGCGGCGGUGCAUUUGAAGCUUUACCAACACAGGAAGCUCGGAAUGGCUUCUCCGUACAGAGGCACGGUGUUCAACUUUUUCCCAAAGGGAAGUCCCAUUCCACCCUCUGGUCCUUCCAAGAGGCACAACUCAGAGGAGGACUCUGCGCCUGAAAAUUGAAUUGAGCGUGCGGGGAUAUAUGUAUAAUGUUUUGGCUUUCUUUUACUUAAUCUUCCCAGCUAUUCAUUCUGAUCUGCUCGUCAGAUGGGAUUAAGUUGCAAUUUUUUUUUUCUUUUUUUCUUUUCGGAAGGCCUAAUGGUCAGUUCAGAUCAUGAGGAGCUGAACCUGUUUGGGUGGCUUGAAACUGUGUUACACUGUAUAGAAAAUUUUUAUUUGUUCAAACACAUAUACAUAUAUUUUUCUA